GGGAGAUUUGGAGAACUUGUACGCACUCCCAGUUGGCGAUCUUUCCGCUCGCUCGUGAGGACUUAGGUAUUGCAGAAUGAUGCGACCCAAAGAUUUACGCCAAGGCUCCGGCACCAAGACCUUCCUUGAUGCCAUGCACGGUGGCAAAGUUCACCUUGCGCGUUUCAUUUUGGAUGCCCUGGACGGACGGAUCAUCAACUCCAAGACCGAAAACAGCCGCACUCCGUUAAUUUACGCCGUAUGUCUACAAGAAGCCGGGACCAGAGCCAAGUUCGCCCGGCUACUACUGGAAAAAGGGGCCGAUGUCAACUGCCAGGAUGAAGAAGGUCGAACGGCUCUGAGUCAUGCCUGUGAGUUGGGUCACCUAGACGUGGUCAAGAUUCUUGUUCAGUUCAAUGCCGAUCCAGAUAUCUCCGACGUGUGGGGUAACAGUGCUAUAAUGUAUGCUGCCUUUUCUGGGCACAGUCCGGUGCUUGAGUUUCUGGUCCGGGCUUUCAAAAGACUUGGACUGAAAAUGGACAGAAUGAAUAACGCCGGACAUACAGCCAUCGAAGUGGCUGACUUCUUUGGACACAAUCACUGUGUGCAGAUUUUAAACUUUCAGUGCAGACGGAGUGUGGUCGCAGAUGAUCUGCUUCAUCCGGGGAAUGUUGGCGAUGGUGAGCUGCCCAACAGACUCCCCAGGCAUGUCUUGGAAAAGUUCUCCAAACAGGUCAACAGCAAAGAAGAGCAAUUACCAGGGUUACUUCAUAAGCAGACGAAGAUCGGGGACAACAGCGGAUUGUGGAACCGCUUUACAUGUCCCAAAAACCAGAGUCAUGAACCGAACCAUCGCCACAAGUGUUCCCUGCCAUCUCAGAAAGGCCAAACCGAUGGAGAUCAGAGUCUUUCCUUCACGGCCAAACAACUCCAAAACUCCCAGAUUCCCGAUCUAAGGCGGACAAGAACGCUCAACUCGCCAACUGAAGCUAACCCAAAAGAAGUCAAAGAAGAAACUAGUGCCCAAGAGAAAGCACCGCAACGAUUUCCUCCCUGCGGGAAGGCAAAGUCCUUCAACCUGGACCUUCUGAGCAUCAGGAAACAGUCCUACCAAGGAGACGCGCACGACUUGAGCCUGUCAGCUAACAAGUUCAAAAGAGCCUCCCUGCAGGAUGACCGAUGUCUCCUAGACAAGAUGGAAUCUCAGGGAAACUCCCGGUUGCUGGCAAGCGAUGCAGAAAAAACGAAAGCUCCUUUGAGCAUCAAGUGUCAGAUGGCGAAAGCCCUAGAGGAGAAGUCAAAGACAGAUGAGCUGCAGAAGAAGGCAAGUUUCUCACACGGUGGCAAACACAACAAAAUAAUGUUCAGUCGGGCGGGGACGGAGGCGGGGAAGAUGCCCGGCCGCGGCCCGGGGUUCAUGGGCCUCGGAACGAGACUGUUCCGUCGAUUCACCGCACCUGAGUUCAUGAGGAUGGUCACAGACUGUUCUUCGGGCUCAUCCAACAGCAGAGGACGGAUGUCGCGCUCCGAGACUUUCCCUCUCUCUCACACGCACCAGCAGGUCAACAGUCAGCCCAGCGUGGAUAGCAUCAGCGGAGUCAAAUGCGAGUUUGAAAGCUCCUCGUCUCAGUCGGCCCUCGAUUAGGAGGACAGGAAGGAGUGACACUUUUACGCCGCUAGCUUGCUGAUAAGAACACGUUUUGUUUUUUUGGGUCUUUCCAGUGUUCCGGAUUGAAACCUGCUCUAGACUGCAAGAUUUGAUUUUUAUUAUAGGUACAAUCACUGGCUACUUUAUUAGAUUUAAAAGAAAUGUGCGCUUUGAUUGUCAUUAUCAGGGAAUUAUAUUUUUGCUUGUAUUAUUAUUAUGCUUACUUUAAUUGGGAAGUUAUCAUAAAAAUCCUUCCAGGUACAUUUAGA